AUGUGCGAAUUCUUGUCUCAGUUCAAGAACAUUGUUAACGAACUAGCUGGAGUGGGAAUCCGGUAUCAUUUAGUGACCAUGUUGAUGCAAUUCUGGAAGGCCUAUCACAUGAUUAUGUUAGGAAAUUAUACUUCAGUUGUUUCUGCUAUCGAAGUUGGUUUGAAACUCCUUGCUGAAGUUGAGACUUUGCUUCUUGUGCAUGAAUCUCGAGCCAACAGGGGAGCCAAUACAUAUGUCACAGACAAAGAAGGCAACACUCCUGUUAAGCUUGCAUCAGAGUCCGGCUGCGUUGACAAUGAAAUUAUCUCUCUCUUGACAAAACAUAGAGGACCAACUAGCGUUCAUACAAGCACAAAAGGGUCUGGAGCAAGUGGUUUAGCUUUAUUGGCCCAUGUUGCAUAG